UCCUCUGCAAAAUCUAUGCCCGCUUGGCUGCAACGUGCCCUGUACGACAGGUCAUAUCAGGUGCAUGUUUACCAAGAACUAGCCGCUCGCGAAACUGCGAGGGAGAAUGCACGAACUAUUUCUCGAACUCGCAAUGGGAAGAAGAGUGGGCGUUCGUUCCUACGAGCAUCAUUUUCUAGCAGUAGACGCUCGGCGGUACCGGAUUCUCAUGCAGAUCAUUAUCGAGUUGAUAUAGGAACCAAGAAGGAGAACUUACCGGAGAAUAGAUACUAUGCGAUUGAGCCAUUCGAUAGGACACGGGUUGUUGUUGAUGGACUGGCCACAGAUUCACAGAGUGAACGUUAUUUGAACGCAAACUGGGUUAGGGAGCUGUAUGGCGGCCAUUGGUGGAUCGCAACCCAGGCGCCACUUCCGAAUACUGCACAUACCUUCCUGUCGAUGUUUCUCCAGCCAGAUACCCGACCACCAGAUCAUCUAGCUUCACCGAACUCUAUUGGUUCUACGCCAUGUAGACUACGCACCGCCGUGCAACUGACUUUGUCAAGCGAAGGGGGGAGAACGAAAGCGCAUCCUUAUUUUCCCUCAGAGGUCGGUGAAUCGUUCGUCAUACCUGCGCCGCCAGGCUGCACAGAUCCUGCCGUCAAGAUUUCACUUGAAGCAGAGAAAAAGGACGAGUAUGCGGGUUGCAUACAGAGUACUAUACGUCUCGCUCGCUGUUCACAACCAAUCGGAGAGGUAGACACACUACGCUAUACGAAAGUUGAAGAACUCGGUGAACCUGUGUUCUUUACACACCUCCUGUUUACGCAUUGGCCAGACUUUGGUGUACCUGAAGGUCCCCAGGAGAAAGCGUGGCUACUAGCCUUUGCAAGGCUCGUUGCCAGAGUAAAUAGGACUCCGCCUCCCUCCACCCCUCCUGAUGCUGUGGUUCAUCCUGAUCCUCCAAUCGUGGUGAACUGCUCUGCAGGCGUUGGCAGAACGGGUUCGUUCAUCGCGCUCAACUCUUUACUUCGCGCACAUGGGAUGCUUUUACCUGAGUACGACCAAUCUUGGUUCGACGGACUUCAGCCUCUCCCAUCAUCCCCACAAGGCCCCUUACCACAGACACUCGAACAAGACGAAGUCGCUGCGGAAAUCGAUUCGUUACGCGAACAGCGGCCCGCUAUGGUACAACGACCUGAGCAGCAAAUGCUCGUCUAUGAACUGCUUGCCGCUGCU